CACUCGCAUUUCACUUGAUUUUUAUAACAUCAAUUUAAAAUAAUCCAAGCAUGAAGUACAACAAUUCAGAUGGAUUUCACAUUUUAUUUCUAGACGAAACUAUUUUAAAUUCACUAACUAUCAACAUGCAAAUACCGCGAAUUGAUGCUGAAAAAAAUGAUGAUGCAAAAAAAAAUCCAACAAAACUCUCAAAACUUGAUGUUUAGCUGACUUUUUUUUUCGCAAGUCAUGAUCAUUAUCAUGAUCAUUAUAUACCUGUGAAGUGCCGUUUGAAAUUGAUUUCUAGGACAAGUUACGAUAAUCGUAGGUGUUUCACGUAUACAAAUUUUAUGACGUACACAAAUUUUCAAUACAAAGACACGCUUGUUCAUGCACAUGUUCAAAUAUGAUAAAAUUCUUCACAUUGGAUAUUCCUUUCUCUUUCGUUCCUAUCCAUUCGUUCGUUAUUUUUAUUUAUUUUGUUUAAUUUGAUUCUGCGCCAGACUAUAUUCUAAUUCAACACACACAUCCAUAUGUGUAAAUACAAAGAUAAAAUAAAAUAUCAUUAGCAACACAUCGAAAUAAGUCGCUAGAUAUGUACUCAAUGGGCUGCUCCAUGAAUGGGUUUUGGUUGUUAGUGUGUGCACUGCACAAUACAAACAAAGAAAUCAUUAUUCAAAACAUAAACCAAUUAAAAGUUUAAUAAAAGAAGUCUACUAUGUAUGAAUGGAUCACAGUUUUAAGUUUGUCGGCAAACAUGCCGCAACAGUAAAUCAAAGAGACUUUGAUGUAUUUUUAUUUGAAACAUUUUUUUUUUCACUUUUUCAAUCACAUGUGAGAUCUUAAAACGUUUUUAUGUUAAGCUCAAGUACAAUUGCCGAUUUUUAAUGUUAAUUUUAAAAGAAAUAACAAAGUGAGAUUACCGUGAAUAUGUAUAGUGAAUGUUUUGAAAAAUUGUGAAGACAGACGUUGUUGUAAUAUAACACUGACAAUUCUAAAAAUAUAAAUUAGAAAUCCAUUCGUCAUUUAAGAAGGAAAAACACAAACAAAACGAAAUUUAAACUCAAAACGUAAACAAGUGAAACGCAAGUACUCGUGAACGUACGACUAAAAAAGUGAAUGAAAUUAGUUUAAAAAGAGUAUAUAAUUUAAAAAAAAAAAACAGUAUGGAAACAUCACGACGAAAACUGCCAACCAACCCACCGAAUCCGCGUGAAAAGGCCAACUUUUUGUCGUUGAUUUUUUUCACAUGGACACUUCCAUUGUUUCGAAAAGGAUAUCAAAAAGUUUUAAAAUUUGAUGACAUCUUUCAGUCGCUGACGGUUGAUAGAUCCAAAUCGUUGGGCGAUCGCCUAGAAGUAAAUUGGAAGGUACAGCUUGAGAAAUCGAAGCGACCGUCAUUGAUCAAAGCAAUAUUUGCCACACUUUGGAGGGAAUAUGCAGGUCUUGCUUUGAUAUGUGGAUUUAACGACAUAGUGGUACGCUUGGGUCAACCAAUAUUACUCGGAAAAUUGCUGCUCUAUUUUCGUGAAAAUAAAGAGAUUAAUUAUGAUGAAGCUGUUAUUUAUGCAUGUGCAAUCAUUGGGUUUACGUUCAUAAAUUCACUGCUUGUAAAUCAAUUUUUCUUAAUCGGGUUUCAUAAUGGCAUGAAAGUUCGUGUGGCAGUCUGCAGUCUCAUAUACCGCAAAGCAUUGAAACUUUCGCAAACCGCACUUGGAGAGACUGCGCCCGGCAAGGUUGUAAAUUUAUUAUCGAAUGAUGUGAAUCGUUUCGAUAUGGUUACUAUGUUCAUAAAUUCCAUGUGGACUGCGCCGUUACUGACAGUGAUCGUAGGUGUUAUGUUAUAUAUUGAAAUUGGUGUUCCCGGUAUGAUUGGCAUCUUGAUCGUGUUUAUUGUCGUGCCCAUUCAAAGUUACACCGGUAAAAUUUCGUCAAAAUUCCGCUUGCAAACUGCUCUCCGAACGGACGAGCGUGUGCGAUUCAUGGACGAAAUAAUAUCGGGCGUUCAAGUGAUAAAAAUGUACGCCUGGGAAAAGCCGUUCGCCAAACUUAUCAUGUACGCUCGUAAGAUGGAAUUGAAGAUUGUUCGAAAGAGUUCAUAUGUUCGGGCAUUAUACAUGACGUUCAUGUUGUUCACAACAAGAAUGGCCAUAUUUUGUACAAUGUUGGCAAUCGUUUUGAUAUACGGCUCAACAGAAAUAACUGCCGCAAGAAUAUUCGUCAUUUCUUCGUACUAUGGGAUCAUUGCACAAACUAUGUCACAAAUGUUUGUCAGGGGUGUCGCAGAAAUCGCUGAAGUACUCGUGGGUCUUCGGCGUUUACAAAACUUUUUGGAAUUAGAAGAAAAGAAAACAAAGCGCAUUGGCGAUGAGAAAAAUGGACAAAAUGGUUUUGCCAAUGAAAAAAUUGAAGAAAUGAAGCAAAGUGAACAUACAACGCCACCAAAUGUAUCUGUAUCAAUUAAAAAUGGUGUCGCACGUUGGACAAUUCCGAAAAAUCCGCUUCUGAAAGGAACUUCAAAACAGCAUAAAGCCGAACAAGACGAAUUUGAUGCAUUGAAAGUGCCGACGUUGAAUGAAAUAAAUGUCGAUUUUCCGAAGGGCAAAUUAAUCGGUAUAAUUGGAUCAGUUGGUGCGGGAAAAUCGUCAUUUCUACAAGCUCUUUUACGAGAAUUACCACUGGAAUCAGGAUCGUUGAGCAUAAACGGUUCAAUUUCUUAUGCAUCACAAGAACCGUGGAUAUUCGCGGCCAGCGUAAAACAAAAUAUUCUCUUUGGCGAAAAUUAUGAUCGUGAUCGAUAUGAUUCUGUUGUUAAGACAUGUGCACUCGUAAAAGAUUUUGAGCAAUUUGAGAGUGGAGACCAAAUGAUUGUCGGUGAUCGAGGAGCCAGUCUUAGUGGUGGACAAAAGGCGCGAUUGAAUUUGGCACGUGCUUGUUAUCGAAAAGCCGAUAUUUAUUUGAUGGACGAUCCAUUGAGUGCUGUUGACGCUCAUGUCGGUACGCAUAUUUUCAAUAAAUGCAUUGGGCCCAAAGGUCGCUUAGCAAAACUGAACGCGACACGAAUUUUAGUUACACAUCAAGUGCAUUUCCUCAAAGAAGCCGAUUGGCUCGUCGUUUUGAAUAAUGGUCGAAUCGAAGUACAGGGCUCGCCGGCUGAUUUGUCACGAAGUGGUGUUGAUUUCGCUAAGCUUGUGGGCACCGAAGAGAAUGACGAAAAUCCGGAAAAAAUGGCACGUCAGCUAUCGCGAAGAUCAUCAACUCGAUCAGUGUCGUCAGCUUCAGUGAGCAGCGCAGAUAUGUCGGAGUUUGAUGGUGACGAUGGUAACGAGCAAGCAGCCAAAGGAGUCGAAAUGGAAGCUAGUUCAAAAGGCAAAGUUAAGGGGUCUGUUGCAGUUAAUUAUUUUACUGCUGGCGCUCAUUGGUCGAUAUUGUUUGUAUUGGGCAUUUCAUUUUUAAUCGUUCAAUUGUUGGCAAGUGCCGCAGAUUACUGGGUUUCAAUAUGGACUAGAGAAGAAGAAAUGCGUAAUCACCUGAAAGAAAACUCUACGUAUGUGAGUUUCGUAAGCAGAGAUUUGUUCAGUGAUAUCAGUGAUAUGUUCAGUGGCAGUUCAGACAAACCAAAAACAUACAAUUUGAGUACUGAAGUUUGUAUUUAUGUUCAUGCAACUAUUAUGGCAUGUCUAUUUGUCAUUGGUAUUUGGAGAUCGGUUGGUUUCUACUCGAUGUGUGUACGGGCUUCUCAAAAUCUUCACAAUAACAUGUUCCGAGGACUAAUUUCGGCCAAAAUGCGAUUCUUUGACACUAAUCCUUCCGGGCGAAUUUUGAAUCGCUUCUCUAAAGACAUCGGUGCUACUGAUGAAUUUCUGCCGAAGGCAAUUCUUGAUGCCACUCAAGUGAUUCUAAGCAUGUUUGGAUCGGUUAUUGUUGCCGCUUCAGUUAAUCCCUUGUUUCUUAUUCCGGUGCUGGUGUUAGCUUUCACCUUUAUAUUUAUUCGGAAAAUUUAUUUGAAGACAUCCAAAAAUAUUAAGCGAUUAGAAGGAGCUGCAAAGUCGCCUGUAUUCACACAUUUGGCUGCCACUCUUAACGGUCUGUCAACCGUUCGUGCCUACAAUGCUGAGAAGAUUCUUCAAACAGAAUUCGACAAUCAUCAGGAUAAUCAUAGCGCUUGUUGGUAUUCCUUUAUAGCAACGGGUGGAGCGUUCGGGCUAUCGUUAGAUAUGGCAUGUUUUAUUUUCAUCACGUUUAUCAUAACUUACUUUAUAUUUAUUGCUGAGACUGCGACAGGCGACAAGGUUGGUCUCGCCAUUACCCAAGCAAUGUCAUUGACGGGGAUGCUCCAGUGGGGAGUUCGUCAAAGUGCCGAAAUUAGUAAUCAAAUGAUGGCCGUUGAGCGUGUGUUGGAAUAUCGUGAUUUGGAGCCGGAAAAAGAAUCAGAAAAACCACGAGAAGUCGACAAUGAAUGGCCGCAAAAAGGUUGCGUUGAAUUCCGCAAUGUGGUCUAUCGGUAUUUUGCCGAAGCCGAACCAGUUUUACGAGGAUUAUCGUUUGUGAUAAAACCAAAAGAAAAGAUAGGAAUUGUUGGAAGAACUGGAGCUGGUAAGAGUUCAUUGAUUGGCGCCAUUUUCCGUUUGGCGUGCGUUGAAGGAGAGGUUCUAAUUGAUGAUAUUGAUACUGCAACACUUCGAUUACAUGAUUUGCGUAAACGAAUUGCUAUCAUUCCACAAGAUCCUGUCCUCUUCAGUGGCACCUUAAGACGAAAUUUAGAUCCAUUCGAAGAGUAUCCCGACGACGAAGUUUGGAGCGCCUUGGAAAAAGUAGAAUUAAAAGAUGUUGCUUCGGGUCCUUCGGGAUUGCAUUCGGCAGUUAUGGCACAUGGUUCAAAUUUCUCCGUUGGCCAACGUCAACUUUUGUGUUUGGCUCGAGCUAUUUUACGAAAGAAUCGAAUCAUAAUUCUUGAUGAAGCAACAGCCAACGUUGAUCCACAAACUGAUUUAUUGAUCCAACAAACGAUUCGUGAGAAGUUCGCCGAAUGUACCGUUUUAACUGUGGCACAUCGAUUGCAUACGAUCAUUGAUUCAGAUCGCGUAUUAGUUAUGGACACCGGUCGGGCAGCUGAAUUCGAUGAGCCACACAAUUUACUGCAGGAUAAUAUGGGCAUCUUUUAUGGUAUGGUCAAAGCUCUGGGCCCUCAGGAAUUCAAUCGUUUGACAAAAACAGCACAAGAGAAAUUCAACUCACUUCAGACACCCGAUAUCGAGGAAAGUCGCCUGUGAAAAUGGACGAAUGAAUAACGAAAAAUGACGAAAUCCCGAUAAGUAUUAGCACAAAUAUGGUGUUCCUGAAUAAAUAUUCAUUGGUCUAAUCGAAGAAUUCAUUCCAUUAUUUCGAUGCGUAUUAUAAUUUAUUUUAGACACUUUUUUAUACUUAAUACCAUGUACUUAUACCAUAUACUUAUUUUUAUUAUGUAGAAUUUAUACCCAGUAAAAAAUAC